UAAUACAUGGAAUUGUAUGAUUUUUUUUUUUUUUUGCAUUGAAUUUUUUCACAAUAAAACACAGACGUUAUGCAAAACAAACAUCAGUAGUCAUUUUAACAAUAUGGAGAAAACAGGUUUGUGAAACGGAACUAAAAAAUAUCGCUCUAUACUGACACGGACUUGACAUCGAUAGAUAGACACCUGUUCCGUUCCGCCCUUACCGACUCAAUGGCGCCAUCGUCUGUUAGUGGAUCAACGACGAUAUCAUUGGUGUUUAGCAUCAUUGAGGCGAUUUCAUAACAGGUUUUGGGGAAAAACUUAGAAUUGUGUAAUAAAAAAACAAGGACUAGAAUAUCGGUAAGUAAUGUUUUUGCUAGCUGUUAGCACCUUGUUGACCGCGCAGUACCGUUGGAAAGUUUUCGUCAGUGUAAAGUAUGCCAAUUUAUUUACUUUUUUUGGACUAUUUAUGAGUCGGAACUAGUUGCUACAGGUUGGGAUGGAUACAAUCUACGGCCAACAGUCGCUUAAAAAGAAAAAUGUUUCCAAUUGAUGUAGGCAACUUAAGCCCAAGGUCACGUGGUGCAGACGUGAACGCCGUUGUGUAAGCGUUUGCACCUGCUUAUUGAUGGCGUUUCAUGCUAGCGUUAACUUGGAAACGUGACAAGGUGUUGGCCUUGUGAUUUGCUUCAAUGAAGAUUGCAGCGCAGACAUGCAGUUCUACCAGUUGCGGGAGUUCGAGGUGAAGCUUCUUGAAGAGCUCCAGCGACAGCAAAAUAGUGCACAGUUCUGCGAUGCACUUUUGCAAACUGAAGGUAUCUCUGUACCCGUCCACAGCUGUGUCCUAGCAGCACUCAGCCCGUACUUUUCUCAGCAGUUAGCAGCCACCCCCUCCCCUCCAUUCGGACAGAAGCGCCAGCUCCCUCUUCACGGUCUGAACACCCACACCCUCCUGAAGCUGGUCGGUCUUCUCUACUCAGGGGAAGUGCAGGUGAGCGAAAGGGAUGAGAAUGACGUGAUGGCUGCUAUCCACAAGUUUGGGAUGACACCCUUUGUGGAAAGACUGGGGACCAGAAAGGAGGUGGAACCCCGGGGUUGUCGCAGAGAGAGUGCAAUGCGAGAUGCACAAGUGCAGGCCCACGUGACCGGCAUGAGAGAUGUUGUGGAAAAGAAGAGGCGUGUAUCUACAGAGACCCAAUUAGAAAAUCAACCUCUAACCCCAGAGCGUGUCCCCGUUCCAUCCCAAAACAACCUGCCAGACUUGUGCGAGUCUACAACAAAUCCCACCUCAAAUACAGACAUCUCCAAUGAUGCACCCGCUGAUUCCGGCCAUGUGCUGACUCAAGAUGGACAAGGGACGGGUGGCACGAAGAUGCCGCAAGAUGAAAAUGCCAACUCGGCGCAGAGGCAGUCAUCCACUGGCAGUAUCGCAAAGAAGAACAUGGCGAAGAUGAAGCAGGUGAACACGAAGCAGAUUUCUGUCAAGGUGAAGCUGAGGAGGAGCAGGAGGAAGACAAAAGGACACGCGUGGGAGGUGGUGUCCAUACAAGAAGAUGAGCAGACAAUGUCGUCAUUUUCGUCCUUGUCUCAGGAAGGCUCUAGCCACAAAAAAACACAGAAAGAGCCGCCCAACAUCCAGCCGCCACCCUCCAUGGCCCACCCACCCCACAAUACAUCAUCUGAAAGCAGCAAGUCCGCCACACCUCCAGCUCACCCCUACAACACUCCUCACCCAUCAUGCCGCAGCCGUCGCACGCCGCCACACCAGCAUGAACAGCUUGCAUGUGACGGCCCCGCAGAAGAAUUCGAAGAUCAGUUAGCGAAGAUGUUGGAGGACAUCAUGAAGGGCCUGAACAUCCUGCCCAACGUGGGGCUUCCAGAGGAUGACGCAGGACAACAGAAGAUUCUUGCUGCUGUCCCGGCAUCUGAACUCCCGUGUGAGCAGAAUGUUGGGAUUCAAAGUGAGCAGCCAUCAACACACGCAGCUCAGGACCAACUCAACUGUGAAAGGGUUCCACGCGUUGAUCCCGAUGGCCUGAUGAUCCAGCAGCAAGGAUUUAUUCGGGAUCUCUCGGCUGUGCAAUCAGUGCGGGAAAACGAUGGAUCGAGCCAUCUCAAGGGCAGUCAAAGCCAUUUGUUUUCUGACACAACCGCCGUAGACCCAUCUUUAGUCCCAGGCACCAAUCAUGGGGCGCAGUAUCAACACUACCCGCCAUUGCAGGACAAGCCUCCUGCGCAGAACCCGCAGUUCUUAUCGACUCAAGUGUCAAAUCCAAAUGACAAACAGCCCUGGUCUUUGCUUUCCUUGCCUUGCUUGGAUGAUUUGCGACUUCCUCCGUGCCUCUCUCCGAUAGACCCGUUCACCUCGUUCGCAGUCGACCAGCCCGUCACUAACAUCAAGCAGCAGUUGUCUUGGUGUACGAACCCAUGGCUCACGGAGCGAUCUGGACUUCUACAUUUUCCUCUUGCACACGGGGAAGAUAAAAGGCCACCUUUAUGGAACCCAAGUCAAGCGUACUGGCCGAUGCGAUGCUUGGACCAUCAGCAAAGCAGACCUUGUACUACAAACCGCGUGCGCCAAACUGCCGCUGAAAGGAAAUCUUACCCUCCCACGAUGAAGAGAACUGCAGUACAGGAACAAAGUGUCACUUUGUCCUCGAGCUCUGGUCCUCGAGCUCCUAAAAAGAGAAAGGUGCGCACUGAUCAUGUACCAGAUGCCACUGGUUCAGUCGAUUACGGAAUCAAAGUUGAGAAAGACAUGAAGUUUUGUUCCGUUAGUUUGUCACGAAACAAUAUCCUCGCAAAGGAAAGAAACAUAUCCUCCCCAAGAGCACAAAACAGGAGCCUUGGACAUUCAAAAUUGUCCAACUCAAGCCAAACUCGCAUCAAGACCAGGGGGGUCGGAAGAAGAAGAAGAAGAACUCGAGAGCCGCCAGGCUGCAAAGGCACAGAUAGCUUCUCUGAUCCAAAAGCCGCGGUCAACAGACGUACUGCCGCACUCAACCAAGUCCCUCUCUUCAAGCGGAAACGCGGGCGGCCGCCAAAAACCCCCACCGCCCCUCUAGUUAUUUCAAAGAGCCAAACCGAGAAGCCAAACGCAUCGCUAAAGAUGGAGCCCGACAACAGUGUAAGGAAGCGAAAGUGCCCGAAAAGCAAGCGCCGAACGUCGGCGGCGAUGCCCGUUCUACGGGAGAAGAGUGCGAAUGCUGAGACGAUUGCUGAUCAUUCCCAGCCUGACAAUCACCACCAGGGCAACAAGCAAGGUUCCUCUCCCAGUGACGGCAAGGGACGUCCACACAACAAAAUGCCUCUGGAGGCCAGCUUGAAUGUUCAGAACCCUGCUACAUGCCCAUCUGCUGCCACUGAGUCAGCAGAGAGCCCCGCCCGCAAACAAACCGACGAGGAAAUCGAGGUAGAUGUUCUGCGGUUCUCUCCGGAUAAAGCCCCUCUCAUCGGGCAGUGUGAAGAUUCUAGCUGGCUCCAUCACACCGACCGCACCUCUGAAGAGGAGGAAGAUGAGAUCGAUGUGACGGGAUAAUGGGAUGUGAUACUUUUCCCAUGUUGCGUGACAAAUUUCCACUCGGAAUGUUCUCUCUGUUGUCCAGGUUUUAGUUUAAUAUUCACAGAUAUGCGAUAUGUUAACCUUUGUAAAAACAGACUUUUAUCUACCUUGCUGUUUUUUCCCUCCAGUUUCUAUUGUUCCUUGUUUGUUGUUCCUUGUUUUAAUGUAUUUCAUGUUGUCUAUACAAGUGUUGGCUGUUGGAAUUAUAAUUAUUCCGAGCAUGUUUGCAUCCUAAAAGUUAAAAUAAGUCUU